AUGGAUAUUGGCUUAGCAGUUGGUGGUGCAUUUCUCUCUUCAGCUUCGAAUGUUCUCUUUGAUAGGCUUGAUCCUCAUGGUGAUCUUCUCAAGAUGUUUCAGAAACAUAAGCUUGAUGUUGGGCUUUUAGAGAAGUUGGAGGACAUUUUGCUUGGUCUUCAGAUUGUGCUAAGUGAUGCAGAGAAUAAGAAGGCAUCAAAUCCACUCGUGAGGAAGUGGAUGAAUAAGCUUCAGCGUGCUGUGGACGGCGCUGAAAACUUCUUGGAAGAAGUCAAUUACGAGGCUUUGAGGCUUAAGGUGGAAAGUCAGCAUCCAAAUCUUGCAGAAACUAGUAACCAGCAAAAGUAUUUCUAUUCGGAUAAGAAACUAGAAAUUAGAACACUUUCAACUUCUUUGGUUGAUGAAUCUGAAAUCUUUGGUAGGGAGAUUGAAAUUGAGCGAUUGAUUGACCGUUUAUUGUCUAAUGAUGCAAAUGGAAAAAAUAUGAUUGUGGUCCCUAUUGUUGGAAUGGGGGGCGUGGGCAAGACAACACUUGCCAAAGCAGUUUACAAUGAUAAGGAGGAUGCUUUAAGAAUAACAAAAGGUUUACUUCAAGAAAUUGGCUCAUUUAACUUGAAGGUUGAUGACAAUCUUAAUCAGCUACAAGUCAAAUUGAAGGAAAGACUAAUGGAAAAAAGUUUCUCAUUGUUCUGGAUGAUGUGUGGAAUGACAACUACAACGAAGGUUGAAGGGUGGAGACGUAUUUUGAGAAGUGAAAUAUGGGACCUGUCGAACAAUGACAUAUUACCAACGUUGAUGUUGAGCUACAAUGAACUUCCCCCACAUCUAAAGCCAUGUUUUUCCUAUUGUGCAAUAUUUCCUAAAGAUUAUCCAUUUAGGAAAGAACAAGUUAUUCAUCUGUGGAUUGCUAAUGGUCUUGUAGUACCUCGGAGAGAUGAAGGAAAUAAAGAUUUAGGCAACCAAUACUUUAACGAGUUGAGAUCAAGAUCAUUGUUCAAAAGGGUCUCAGAGUUUUCUGAAAGAGAUGGAGGGAAAUUCUUAAUGCAUGAUCUGGUCAAUGAUUUAGCCCAAAUUGCAUCUUCAAAACUCUGUGUCAGGUUGGAAGAGUGCAAAGAAUCUCAUAUGUUGAAUCAAAGUUGUCACAUGUCCUAUUCAAUGGGCAAAGGUGUUGACUUUGAGAAAUUGACACCCGUCAACAAAUUGGAGAAGCUGAGGACAUUGAUUCCAGAGUUGCCAGAUGCUUUGUUUAUCAAAGUAAAGCUCCUGAGACUUUUGGACCUUUCUAGGACAGAUAUUACAAAAUUACCCGAUUCUAUCUAUGCAUUGUAUAACUUGGAGACCCUUCUCCUGUCAUCUUGUACAUAUCUUGAGUUGCUACUGGCGCAGAUGGAAAAGUUGAUCAACUUGCGUCUUCUUGACAUUAGAAACACUUCUUGCUUGAAGACACCGUUACAUCUGCGCAAGUUGAAAAGCCUCCAAGUGCUGGUGGGAGCUGAAUUUCUUUUAGGUGGCCCCUGUGGUUGGAGAAAGGAAGAUUUGAGUGAAGCACAUUACUUGUAUGGAUCUCUGUCAAUUUUAGAGUUGCAAAAUGUGGUUGAUAGAAGGGAAGCUCCGAAGGCAAACAUGAGGGAGAAGAAUCAUGUUGAAAAGUUAUCGUUGGAGUGGAGUGAAAGUGAUGCUGACAAUUCACAAACUGAAAGAGACAUACUUGAUGAGCUACGCCCACACACAAACAUAAAAGAACUCCAAAUCUGCAGAUACAGAAGGACACGAUUACCAAAUUGGCUAGCUGAUCAUUUGUUUCUUAAUCUGCUAGUACAAUUGUCUCUUAUCAACUGCAAGGACUGUUUUUCCUUGCCAGCACUAGGACAACUUCCUUCUCUGAAAUUCCUUUCCAUUAGAGAUAUGCAUCAAAUAACAGAGGUGACGGAAGAAUUCUGUGGUAGUUCGUCCUACAAAAAGUCUUUUAACUCUCUUGAGAAGCUUGAAUUUGCAGAGAUGCCAAAGUGGAAGCAGUGGCACGUACUAGGGAAUGGAGAGUUCCCUACACUUCAGAACCUUUCAAUUGAAGAUUGCCCCAAGUUGAUUGGGAAGUUUCCUGAAAAUCUUUGUUCUCUGACAAAAUUGAGAAUUUCAAGAUGUCCUAAACUCAAUUUGGAGACACCCAUCCAACUUUCAAGUCUAAAAAAGUUUGAAGUUGAUGGUUCUCUUAAGGCUGGAGUUGUUUUUGAUGAAGCUGAACUGUUUACAUCCCAACUUCAGGGAAUGAAGCAGAUUGAGGAAUUAUCUAUUGGUAAUUGCAACUCUCUUACCUCGUUGCCUACUAGCACUCUACCGAGUACCUUGAAGACAAUAACGAUAUGUUGUUGCCGGAAAUUGAAAUUGGACACUUCAGUUGGUGAUAGAUUGACAUUAACAAGUUGUGAGUUGGUCCCAAGGAAAUGCUAUUUGUAUGUAAAUAGUUUUCCAAACCUUACUAGGUUUUUUACUCCUAAUGGGACUGAAAGACUCGAUAUAAGUUGUUGUGAGAAUCUUGAACUACUUUCGGUGGCAUGGGGGACCCAAAUAACCUCAUUAUUUAUUUACGAAUGCGAAAAGCUGAAGCGGCUGCCACAACGUAUGCAGGAACUCCUUCCCUCUCUUAAGGGACUGCAACUGUGGAAUUUUCCAGAAAUUGAGUCCUUUCCUGAUGGGGGAUUGCCCUUCAAUUUACAACUCCUUGUGAUCGACGAUUGCAAGAAACUGGUGAACGGCCGAAAGGAGUGGCAUUUACAGAGACUCCCCUCUCUGAGAGAGUUGUACAUCAUCCACGACAGUGAUGAAGAGAUUGUUGGUGGUGAGAAUUGGGAGUUGCCAUGCUCUAUUCGAAGGCUUACCAUAGACAAUCUGACAACAUUUAGCAGCCAAGCUCUCAAAAGCCUCACCUCUCUUGAAUAUCUACGUACUUGUAGUUUACCUCAAAUUCAGUCACUCCUGGAACAAGGGCUUCCCUCCUCUCUUUCUAAGCUAUAUUUAUCUGACCAUGAUGAGCUCCAUUCCCUACCGACCGAAGCUCUUGGGCACCUCACUUCGCUUCAAAGUCUAGAGAUCAGCAAUUGUCAUCAACUCCAAUCACUUCCCGAAUCAGAGCUGCCCUCCUCCCUCUCUAAGCUGACCAUCUACAAUUGCCCUAACCUCUAG